UACAUUUCAUUUAACAACAAGCAUGACUGAAAGUUACCCAGCUGACAUUUGCAGUGCUGGUAUUUACCCCAAAAUAGAUGUCCUGCAUGUGACACCUCACUGUCCUGAUCAAAAUUCCAAUACAAGGCAGCUGCUUCUAAAAAUACACUCAGCAGUCUGUACAACCAAAAAAAAAGAGCCGCACUCUCCACAUACUUAAAAAAAAAAAAAAAAAAAGACUAUCAUUUAUGAAAAAUGAAGAGCCUAAAGUUUAUCGCUGCCGAGAGUUUCGUGUUGGAUACCACGAAUGCCAAGAAGAAUUUGAUCUAUAUUUCUCAAAAUCUUUAUCCACUUCUUUUUAAAGCAAGUUAUUUGCAGGAACAGUCUGAAAUGAUUCAUGACAUAGUUCAAAACUGGCCUUUAGCCGAGUUAACCCUUCAAAAACUCUUGGGGGCAACAGUGGAUUGUGAAGAUGAUUUAACGACAAGGACUUGCUAUUGCUGCAUGCAGGCUUUUUUAAAUGGGCUGAAAGCUCAUGUUCUCAGCUGCUCCACAACAUACACAAAGAAGCUCAAACUGGUGGACCUCACAGGAAUAAAGGAUGUGGAAUUCCAGCCCUGCAAGUGCAGCAGAUCUUUGGGGAAGUGGGCUAGAACCGAGCUGGUAGCCAGAAUCUGUUACGAUGUACUAGUUGCAAUGCAGUAUGAUACCAUUGAUCCAGCCGUGUUUGAUAUUUCAAUUAAUGUUCUGAUGGAUGUGUUUGUUACCAAUCGGAGUUAUGAAACAGUUGUCCCGGCCUUGCUAAUGAGAUGCCACUGUCCUCUGAAGAUAAGAUGCGUAAAGUUUAGGGUUGACAACCUAGCUUUGAAAAGCCUCUUUUACAUCAUUAAGCUUGUCGAGCCUGGUUCUCUGAAGAAGCUGGAGAUGGUUCACAAUGUCCGUCUGGAAAUGAUGCAUUUGGAGGUGCUCCUAACGCAUGUUUCAUUUCCUGAGCUGAGAUCACUGAUCCUUCCUGCCAAGACAUUUGAUGUACGCAGACUUGCACCUGAAGAUGAGGCAGUCUUAUCACACAUUGGAGAACUGCUGAGUAAGCUAACACUGCUGAAUGAACUGAGUCUAGCUUUCUCAACUCUCACCGGGAGGAUUCGAAAGCUGCUAAGUCCCUUAACUACUCCACUGCAAGCACUUGAGAUUGCAAACUGUUCGUUGAACCAUGCUGAUAUGGUGUACCUGGCGAAUAGUCUUCAUGCAGAGUACCUCCAAAGACUGGACCUCAGUGGCCACGAUGUUGUAGACCUAUUCCCAUCAAUGUUUUUCAAACUUCUCAGCCGCGCUUCUCACACAUUGAAGAGCCUGACUCUGGAGGAAUGCAAUAUUGGAGACAACCAUGUCAACAUGAUGAUCCUGGGCUUGGUACCAUGCAGAAAGCUGAGCGAAUUCAAGUUUCUAGGCAACCCUCUUGGCUCUCAAGCACUUAAAGGCCUUUUCAAUGUGUUUGUUGACUUUCCUCACCUAAAGUACAUUGAAUUCCCCAUUUCCAGAGACUGCUACCCUGAUACUAUUACCUACCCACUGAAUGAUACAUGCCUUGUCAAUUAUGAUGAUAGCAAAUUUCAGAGACUAAGGGAGGAGCUUUUGUUGAUUUUACACCAAGCAAACCGUGAUGAUAUUGUGGCCCGCACACCUCUGUUUGGGAGCUAUGAUGCAGAAAUUCAGGAAACAAGAAAUGAACUGGGUGUUUUUAUGCUUCAGUCAUUUAGAGAUGCAUGUGCCAGCUUCAUGGAGAGUGAUGCAAAAUAGACCACUAUAUGAAGUCUUGGUUUGAUAGAGACAGGUAUAAUGUUGCAGUGUUAGCUCUGUAUAUACACUUAUUUCUGAAAGGAUAAGGAGGCUUAUGAUGUCAGACUCACCAGCAGCACAGAGGAAUCUUUUAAAGUUUAAAAAAAAAAAAAAAAAAAAAAAAAAGAGCACCUUACAUUCUUAUCGACAUAAAGCUGCAUGAAAAAGUUAAUGCACAAUGCCAUUGACUUUCAUUAUAUUUCUUUUACUGUGACUACUGUCAACAGAAAUGUACAUGCUAGAUGGCUCUUUUGUACUGCAAGCCUCUUUGAAGCUCAAGGCAGUUUUACUAAUUGCUGAUAUGUUUUUGGAAAACACAUGGACUAUAAUAAUACAUAUAAUAUACAGGCUUGUAACCAGGAGGUACCCGGUUCAAAUCCCAGUUCAGCCACCGACU